AUGAACAUGAGCGCCAGCGCCAACAGAAAUCCAGCCGCGAGCAUCGGCCCCGGCGCAACAGCACAUGGCGCCCGCCGCCUCCUCAUCUUCCAGGAGACGCGCAAUCCCGCCAACGCCGCAGAACCAGUCUAUCUCCCUGUGAACAAACUCGGAUUACCCAUUUGCGGCGAGGGACCUGAGUUGCCAUCCAUGCUGGAAUUGCCGCUGCGCGUCUUGAGGGUGUUUACCGAUAUUUUCAAUCAGCCCAAGUAUAAGGGAUGGGCUAUUCUGUCCGCGGGCCCGUAUUAUGAUACUGCUGAAGAGGGCAAGUUCUACGCUGUCGUGCUGGAGCAGACUUCGAGUGUCUCUUCUCAUGCGCCGGAGAUUCAUAUGGGAACGCCCUGA